AUGAAGGAGUUGGGGCUCAACCCACCGACAGCAACGUCGCCCAUCGCCAUCACGGAGCCAUUCCUUCUCUUCACGGUCGAGGGUGUCAAAGAAUUACGCAGAGAUCUUUCGUCCAGAGAUCGUUCGGAAGCACGGAUGAAGGCAGAAGCCGGGAAUCUUUAUCGUCCGCGGGAAUGUGAAGCACUACUGAACGCGGUAUCCCAGGCGGCUGGGGUCGAGCUCGUCCCUGUCUUUGACUACGACAUUGCCCACACCAAUGUCCAAGUCGACGCCGAGAAGGCCAAGAAUGAAGACAUCUAUCAGGACCUUCCCGACGCCGAGCCCCCCAAACAGCCGACGGACCCGUCUUUGAUCGACCAGAAGUUACCGACGGGAGAUAUCAAUGACAAGAAUGCCGUGGUGGGAGACUGGCACAAUGAUGUCUUUCCCUGGGUUUGCGUCCUGAUGUUGUCUGACCCUACCGGGAUGAGUGGGGGAGAAACCGCCUUGCGCAAGGGAGACGGCAGCUUUUUGAAGGUUCGAGGUCCCGAACUGGGAUAUGCAGUCGUGAUGCAGGGAGGGUCCAUCCAUCACGCAGCCUUGAAACAACACGGGGCAGGCGAGCGAAUUACCAUGGUCACCUCACUCCGACCUAAAGACCCCCUCGCCAUCGAUGGGACGACACUAGGCCGAGUCAAGAUUGUGAGUGACCCAGAUGCUCUUUUCAAGCAGUGGACCACGUAUCGGAUGGACGUGGUGUCGGCUCGCGCUUUGGCUCUCAAGAAGAAGUUCGUAGAGGAAUCGCUUAGCGGAGAGGAGAUCAGGGAAGAGAUGAAAAAGUGGGUAGAUGAGCAAAAGAAAUACCUGGAUUUUACAGUGACGGAAAUGGAGCCCUGGACUGGAGAGGAUGAGUCAGACGCAAAUCGUUGGCGAAAGUAG